AUGAAGAUGCCGGUUUCGUUCAAGGUUAAGAACCGCACGGUUAACUUUGAUUAUAUUCCGAUCUUCGCUGUCGGGAUGAUUAUUCCCAUGCUAGCCCAUGUUUACUGGCAGGGCACCAUGCCCACACAUAUCGAAACUGGCAUGAGGGUGGCCACUCUCGUUGGCACAAUUAUCGGACAGUUCAUUUUCGGUGUACUCGCCGAUCUCUACGGGCGACGGAAAAUGUACGGCUUCGAGCUUCUAGUUGUUACCAUUUCGACUAUCGGUGUUGCCAUGGCAGCUGACGGUGCAUCCGGCUCUAUGAGUAUCGUUGCAUGGUUAAUCGUCUGGCGCUUCAUCAUGGGCGUCGGUAUCGGUGGUGACUACCCGCUUUCCGCUGUCAUUACUUCUGAAUUUGCUCCAACCCGUUCCCGCGGUCGGAUGAUCUCAACGGUCUUUUAUAUGCAGCCCUGCGGGUAUCUCGCUGCGACCCUCGUGGCGUUGAUAGCUAUUGUGGCGCACCGUGGCAGCAUCCCACACACUAUCCCUACACGGAUUGAAGAUAUUGUAUCCUGUAUGGAUGAUGAAAGCUGUCGACGAGCGAUGGAUAGUGUGUGGCGGUGGGUUAUUGGUAUUGGUGCGGUUCCAUCAGCAAUUGCCAUUUUUUUCAGGUUCAGUAUUCCGGAAUCCCCUCGGUACACAAUGGAGGUGCUGAACCGACCUGAUGAAGCUCUCGAGGAUGUUAAUGAGAUGGGCUGGCAGCGGGUUCCCCAAAAGACAAUUACCCCUGGUGAUGUUGAGAUGCAACUCCCACCUCCAUUACAGCAACAAGGCCAACCCCAAACACAGUCUUUACCAGAGAGCCCUCACGUACAAAGAGAAAAGCCACCAAGUGUUUCUCAUAGACCCGUCUCGGCCGCUACACAAGAAAAUCACCUUGUCUCCAAUGAAUGGAGCCAUUUUAAUCCUCACAAAAGCACUUCACGGGCAACGGACGCGGCCUCGCAGCACUCACCUCGUCGUGUCUCACGCACACACACCGUUUCGAGUGCGAAUUCUAUCUCAGGCUCAUCUUUAUCUUCUUCCACAAACGAUGGUGAUGCCGCUGAUAGCACGCUGAUAGAUGAUGAUUUCGCUCCUCCUACGAAGGAGGCUAGCCAGUGGACUCAUUUUCGCACUGGCUUCUACCAGCAUUUCAUUACCAACGGUCACUGGCCGACUCUCCUCGGCACCGCCCUGGCCUGGGCUUGCUUUGACUUUGCCUUCUAUGCUCUAGGGCCUAAUUCAUACAAAGUUGUUGGGAAGAUCUUCAACGAAAAGACUCUCUGCUUUCCUAGCAUAGCCAAACAAGGGGGCAAGAUGCCGCAUCCUUGUAACAUUCCAAACCGCAGCUUGUACGAAGAUGCCAUUCAGAACACAUGGCACUCGCUUAUUAUCGUCUCCAUAGGCUCUCUAACUGGUGGCCUGGGUAUGAUUAAGAUUAUAAAACGCAGCUCCCCCCGCACCAUUCAACUCUACGGCUUCAUCGUGCUGGCUGUGAUCUUUAUCACCAUUGGAAUCUGCUUCCAAGUUGUUAAUAGGUCUAUCUCUGUACCCCUAAUUGCAUUCCUCUACGUCCUAUCGCAAGUUUUCUUUGAGAUAGGCCCCAACGUUACAACUUUCAUGAUUCCCGCAGAGUUAUUCCCGACCCGCUUCCGUUGCACUGCCCACGGUAUCUCUGCGAUGUCUGGGAAAAUUGCAUCUGUCCUGGUGCAGGUAUUCGUGGCUUAUGCACCUAUCGGCCCCUAUAAACCAUCCGAUAACAACCCCUCUGAUAUCAAUUCCACAGACACAAAAUCUGAAUGGCUGGGCUACGUGGUUAUCAUUUUUGCGGCGUUUAUGGUACUGGGAGCUGCAGUUACAAAGUGGCUUAUUCCCGAGGCAAGACAAGAGGACGGCCGCGCACGGCCACUGGAAGACAAAGACAGAGGCUCCGGUUCCCGAGGAUCCUGGGGUCAACCCUGCUACCGACUGUGGAAUCAAUGGUGUGGUUCCGGGUGA